AUGACUGACUUUAGCAUCGAAUAUAUUUUGAACCGUGCCGGCGACAGAUAUGUGGGCACCAAUGCCUCUUUGGGUGUCCUGCAGCGGCUGCGUGGCAGCUUGCCCUUCCAUCCGUAUGCCCAACCAACGUAUUCCCUCAAGGAGCCUCAAGGAUCUCCUCCAGCUUCGGCGGAGGGUAAGAUUCCUGUUUACGAUUGGCUCCAGUACACCCGCUAUCAUCCGCCCAAGCUGCCGAGGGCCCUGCGCCAAAGUGGACCCGCCAAAAGGACUCCCGGUCGCCUGCCCCGCAUCCCUUUCACCCCGCAGCAACUUCAGGCCUUGGAGGGUGCCUACAAGGAGUCCAACUACCUGAGCGCCGAGGAUGCCAACAAACUGGCCGAAUCCCUGGAGCUGACCAACACGCGCGUCAAGAUCUGGUUCCAGAAUCGAAGGGCCCGCGAGCGACGGGAGAAACGCGAAAAGGACGAGAGCUGCGACUCCACCUUCUCGUCGAAUGCCUCCAGUCCGGAACCGGAAAUGCUCAUUGUGGUUUAA